AUGGUGGAUUUAGGUGGAUAUGUUAUAAUUCUGGUAGAAACCAAGGACAAAAAAAUUAAAUUAUACGGUUCACCUGCUGACAAAGACAAUUUGGAAGUCGGCGAUGAAAUUCUAGAAGUCAACGGGAAAACGUUGGAGGACGCCACACACACGGAAGUUAUUAGCCAUAUCCACCAGUGUAUAAGAUCCCGGACAAUAUGUUUACGAGUGAAGAGGAGAAGCGGUGCUCGUUUGGCUGUGGACUUAGAUUUGUGUUCGAACAAUGUUCAAGAUGCCUUUGUUAUCGCUGUGGAGCAACAAGCCAGAGAACGUCUGGAGAGGCUCUCGGCCCUCAAACGAAUUACUCCAGUCGACAUGAACAAACUCUCUCAACAACUGAACCAAACGACGUCCUCGGGCGAAGAACUAAACGGCUUCAUAAAAAACUCAUCGAUAUACGUAACUUCGUUGACCGCCACUGGAAAUUUGAACAACAACGCCACCGCAAACAAGGCAGGAGGAAAAAGCGGCGGCGGCGGGGCGGCGGGUGCUGAGCACCACCACGGCCGUGGUGGCCAUCAGCAGGGACACAAUCACCACCUCCCAGCAACUGAACAACGGCAGGGAAGUCGCCGGCGAGGCGCUCGAGAACGCCGAGAACGCCAACAAGGAGGUCCUCAACAGGACAUCCAACGAUGCACAGGGUGAACUCCUGAACGCGUGCGACAGUCCGGUCCAAAGCAGGAAACUCGGUGACCGAAGGAGUUCUUCUCCUUUCCAAAAUGGUAGAACUGAGCUCUUGUUAGCUGCAGAUGACAAUAAUAAAGUGAGAACCACCGCUAUCGUAGAAAGCAAUAAUAAUAAAUUGGGCGUCGACCUCGAAAACAGACCUCGUCGUCGCUCAGGCAGCAGCAUAGUGGUUCUCGACGGCGAUUUGGAGCCCGUCAAGAAGCCGCCCGAUCUCGAACUCCACGACAGCCUAGAAUUCAAUAACAUGGUGAUGAUGAUACCCAACGACAACGGACCCCAUCGGGAGAUGGCCGUCGACGUGCCGGACACGUUCAUCGCCAGGAACAAGACGCCUCCGAGGUAUCCGCCGCCCAAACCCAACCUUCAGAGUGGUCCGAACGAUUGUUCCGUCUUCCAGCCAUCCGAAACCGUCGCAUCGAAACCCGUACCCCCUCCGAGGGAUCACCUGAAGAUCGAAAAGGACGGCAGGAUAACCAACAGAGCACCUGCGCCCCAACUACCUGCUCGCAUCACCAACAACAACGUCCCAACGCCGAUCGGUAACGCCACAGCGGCGGUCAAACCUCCCCAACCCGUCGAACCCACCAAGGAGCAAUUGGAUAGCAUCAGCAAAUAUCAGGAGCAAAUUCGCAAAAGGAAAGAAGAAGAAGACCGCCUGGCCGCCCAAAAUGAGUUCCUCAACAGGUCUCUGCGCGGUUCGCGGAAGCUGCAAGCCCUGGAGAACAAACCCUACGGGUCCGUCAACGACGCCUACGAAGACGAGGCCCAGGAUUCCUCCAGGUCCAGCACCCCGGGCCCCAAGGGCGAAAAGGAGCUGGUGCACGUUCCAUACGCUUAUGGUGACUUGGUGGCAUCGAUCCAACGCUUCCAGUUGCAACUGAAGAAAGCCUGCUCGAGCGGCGGCCUGGGCGGUCUGGAGGGCCGCAUCGCGGCCAUACAAUCGCUCCUGCUGUCGCCGCAAUUCGGUCGGGCUCUCGCCGUUCACAAUAAGGUCCAAUCGGUGAGAUCGCGAACGACGCCCAGGCCGUUGCCGAACGCCCAAACUGCCCUAAAGGACUGCCUUGAUACAAUUGGACAUUCUCAAAGUGCUUAUGCCAUGGAAUUGGUUGCCUUAUUGACUGGUUACGAAUUUGAAGCCCUGAUGGCUGCACACGACGGCGUCGCUUCAACGUUACCGACUGAUUCCACAUCGCCUACGCCGUCUACCGCCGAAACGGUGCCCAUUUCCAUGACGGACCGUAGAUACGGGGAAAAUAACAUUAAAGUUAUUAAAAUAGAGAAAAGUACUGAACCACUAGGUGCCACGGUGAAGAACGACGGAGAUGCCGUAGUCGUCGGUAGAGUGAUUCGUGGCGGGGCCGCCGACAAAAGCGGCCUUCUUCACGAAGGCGACGAAAUCCUCGAGGUCAACGGCAUUGAGAUGCGCGGCAAAAGCAUCAAUGCUGUCUGUGAUAUAUUGCAAACGAUGGAAGGUACACUCACUUUCCUCAUCAUACCCGCUUCACAAGUUCCCAGGCACAAUAACAGGGAUAACUUUCUUCAUGUCCGCGCUCAUUUCGACUACGAUCCCGAAGAGGACAUGUACAUACCGUGCAGGGAGCUGGGGAUUGGAUUUCAAAAAGGUGAUGUACUGCAUAUCAUUAGCCAAGAGGACGCCAAUUGGUGGCAAGCCUACAGGGAAGGCGAAGAGGAUCAAACGUUAGCAGGCUUGGUGCCGUCGCAAUCGUUCCAACACCAGCGGGAGAACAUGCGGCUGGCCGCCGAAGAGCGGAUGUCGAAGCCGCAGCGAAAGUCCACCACGCUGUUGUGCGGCAAGACGACCAAGCGGAAAAAGAAGAAAGGCGCCUACGCCGACGGCGGCUAUCCCAUGUACUCGAACAACGUCGACGAGUACGAAAUCGACGAGAUCCUCACCUACGAAGAGGUGUCGUUGUACUACCCGCGGGCCAACAACAAGCGACCGAUCGUCCUGAUCGGCCCGCCCAACAUCGGCAGGCACGAGCUGAGACAAAGACUUAUGGAGGACAGCGAGCGAUUCGCCGCCGCCAUACCGCAUACUUCCCGAGCUCGCAAAGAGAACGAAGUCGACGGCCAGGACUAUCACUUCAUCACGCGGGCGCAGUUCGAGGCGGACAUCCUGUCGAGGAAGUUCGUCGAGCACGGCGAGUACGAGAAAUCGUACUACGGCACAUCGUUGGACGCCAUCCGAUCGGUGGUCACGUCGGGGAAGAUAUGCGUGCUCAAUUUGCACCCGCAGAGCCUCAAGAUCCUCCGGACCUCCGAUCUGAAGCCGUACGUCGUGUUCGUGGCGCCGCCCAGUCUCGAGAAAUUGCGCCAGAAGAAGAUCAGAAACGGGGAAUCGUAUAAGGAGGAAGAGCUGAAAGACACCAUAGAAAAAGCGAGGGCGAUGGAGGAAAAGUACGGUCAUUUCUUCGAUCUGAUCAUCAUAAAUAACGACACCGAAAGGGCCUACCAUCAGCUGCUCAACGAGAUCAACAGCCUGGAGAGGGAGCCCCAGUGGGUGCCCGCGGCCUGGGUGAAGGGCUGCUAG